AACAGCCUAGCUGAAGUCUCGCGAGAACAGUCAGUGUCCUUGUUCACUCCACGAUGGGUUACUGGGACCUCGAAGAGGGUAAAGACUGUGUGCAGAAAACAUGGAUCACCACCAAGCUGGGCACUGCCCUCGGGCUUGUUGGCUCAGCGUACCAUAUUGUGGCUUUCCAGCCUGAGACUGCAGUUGAAGCUCUGGCAAGGGCAGCAAAUGGCACAGUCACAAUGGCGUCUCUGGGGGCGAUAUUUGGAAUGGCCACUUGUCUGAGCGCCCAGGUUAGGGAUGCUCCUGAUGACCCCACAAACUACUUCAUUGGUGGAUGCGCAUCUGGUGUCUUUCUUGGAGCUCGAACUCAUAGUGCUGUAACUGGUACAACAGCGUGUCUUGGUCUGGGGACGCUGGCCAUGCUCACUAAAGUCGGGAAGAUGGAGGGCUGGAGGAUAACUGGGCCGCCCAGGCUGUAAAACCUUGAUCUCAUAGUAUUGUGUUCAUAUUGUAUAUUGCUUAAAUAAAUCUUUUCAAAAGUGAAAAAUGUA